CACAGUGCGACCGACGUCCCCAGCGCGCCACGCCGCCGCCUAUCACCAGUAAACAUGCCGAGCGCUACCGGAUCGAGCUGGGAAAAGUACCAGAAGAAUUUCGCAGACGAUGAAGUAGAGGAGAAGAAGAUCACACCUCUCUCAGACGAGGACAUUCAAGUGUUGAAGACAUAUGGGGCGGCACCAUAUGCGGCCGAGCUCCGGAAGCUUGAGAAGGAGAUCAAGGACAAGCAGUCGACGAUAAACGAAAAGAUUGGUGUCAAGGAGUCAGAUACCGGUCUCGCACCUCCACAUCUAUGGGACAUCGCCGCCGAUCGACAGCGAAUGCAAGAAGAGCAGCCUCUUCAAGUAGCUCGUUGCACCAAGAUAAUACAGGACGAGAAAGACGCGGAAAAGAGCAAAUAUGUCAUCAACGUCAAACAGAUCGCUAAGUUCGUCGUCAAUCUCGGUGAACGUGUGUCGCCCACGGAUAUCGAGGAAGGCAUGCGUGUUGGCGUAGACAGAAACAAGUAUCAGAUUCUUCUACCGUUGCCGCCGAAGAUUGAUCCUUCGGUCACUAUGAUGACGGUUGAAGACAAGCCCGACGUCACGUACGGCGAUGUAGGAGGUUGCAAAGAACAGAUUGAGAAGCUGCGAGAGGUUGUUGAAAUGCCGCUGCUAUCUCCCGAACGCUUCGUAAAUUUGGGUAUCGAUCCUCCCAAGGGUGCCCUUCUCUACGGCCCGCCUGGUACUGGAAAGACUCUUUGCGCUCGAGCAGUCGCCAACCGAACCGAUGCCACCUUCAUUCGAGUCAUAGGAUCCGAGCUUGUACAGAAAUACGUUGGAGAAGGUGCACGAAUGGUGCGCGAGCUGUUCGAGAUGGCACGGACAAAGAAGGCCUGCAUUAUUUUCUUCGAUGAAGUGGAUGCUAUUGGAGGAGCUCGUUUCGAUGACGGCGCCGGAGGCGACAAUGAGGUGCAGCGAACUAUGUUGGAGCUGAUUACGCAACUGGAUGGUUUCGACUCACGUGGCAAUAUCAAGGUCAUGUUUGCCACCAACAGACCAUCGACGCUUGACCCCGCCCUGAUGCGUCCAGGACGUAUCGACCGUAAGAUUGAGUUCAGUCUGCCAGAUAUGGAGGGCCGUGCCAACAUCCUGCGAAUUCAUGCCAAGAGCAUGAGUGUGGAACGCGAUAUCCGCUGGGAAUUGAUCUCACGACUGUGCCCGAACAGCACAGGUGCCGAGUUGAGGAGCGUGGCUACCGAGGCAGGAGUGUUUGCUAUACGUGGUCGAAGAAAGGUAGCGACAGAGAAAGAUUUUCUCGCCGCUGUGGACAAGGUCAUCAAGAGCAACCUCAAGUUCAACAGCACUGCGGUGUACGCUCAGUACAACUAA